AUGAGUUGCCAGCUUGCUGGCUUUGUCUUUUCAGAUAAUUUUGACGAUCGGUGGGCUGCAAAAAGGAGAAGCGAUAUCCAGGGUUUGCGAGGUGUAGCAAUAAUUUAUGUUCUCAUCUUUCAUCUUUGGCCUGAGGUUUUCCCUUAUGGAUACCUUGGAGUUGACAUUUUUUUUGUCAUUUCUGGAUACCUGAUAACUUUUAUUCUUUGGAACCAGAAACCUUUUACUGUCAAGGUGUUUCUGUCAUUUUACAAAAAACGAAUAAAACGGAUAUUCCCAGCUUACUAUCUGAUGCUUUUUUUCGUUCUCAAAUUCGGCUGCUUCACGUUAACUGCAAUAGAUUAUUCUACUUUACGCGGCGAAGCAUUAUGGGCUAGCAGUUUUGCCACGAAUAUAUUGAAAUAUUAUCAGGAUUUGAACUAUUUUGCUGAGAUAUCAGGCUAUGAUUUCCUUCUUCAUACCUGGUCGCUAGCAGUAGAAAUUCAAUUUUAUUUGAUUGCUCCAGUUUUGAUGCUUCUGCCCUCUGUUUUGCCUUGGGGUGGUACUGCGUUAUGGUGUUUGAUUGCUCUUGCUUCCUUAUACUACAAUUUGGUAUCUAAAGGGCCGUUACAGUUCUCUUCACUCUUCUCCCGAUUAUGGCAAUUUUGCUGCGGUGGCACUGCUUAUUUUCUUUCCGAAAAUGCUAUUUUUGCUAUGGAACUCUCAAUUUUAGUCGGUGUCGUUUCGUAUUGGCAUGUUGAGAAGAGAUUUCUACGAUUAGAGCUCUCUCAUACUAUUUAUUUCCUUAUUGUUGUGGUAUUUGGUAUACUGCACAUGACAUCAUUGAGACCGACAUCUGUCUUGUCAACACUUGACUCGUCAGCACUAAUAAACAGAACCUGGAAUAUAGAAAGUGCUGUCAAGACUAGGUUUGGGGCCAACUGCUACCACUUCCGUGAUGUUCCUUACCUUCCAACAAAUAUACCAGAUUCUAUAAGAAAACAGGCGAUUGAAGAAAACAACUUUUUUUUGAAAGCUAUUUUGCCGUUUUACAGGAAAGACGACAACUUGACUGACCCGCUGUAUGAAAAGCAUUUUGUAAAAAACGGAGUUGCAAUUGAAUUUGCCGAUUAUUUUAAGGUGUUCUUGAAUUUCGAAAGAAUUAGUACGAGGUUGAUCUUGAAAAGUCUAGAAAAGAAUCUCAGUUUUUCUGGCGUUUACGGCGAGUUUGCUGAAUUUCGGCGAUCGUUUCGAUACGCAUUUCAACGCCUGGAGAAUUUGUGGUGCAAAAAUUGUAUAAAAAUUUAUCCGCAUAGAAUGUUUUGCGAUUCAAAAUUAAUGGUACAAAGUUCAAUAAAUGAACGAGAUUCAUAUUGA